GAGUUUGAGAGAUUCAGCUGCGCCGGUGAUUGAAGUACAUAUCUAUUUCCAUUAGCUUGGCUGCUGAAUAUGGUGGUGUCUGUUGAGACCCAAAAAGCCACUGUUUUUUUUUCUGGAAAAAAGAAAAAAUUAUGGCCACUUUUAAAGAAGAAGUGAAGGAGUGAAGAAGUGAAGAAGUAGAAAGUAGAAACGGAAUAUUUGUGGCGAUUGAAACGAGGUAGGCGUUCUCCGAAAACCCCCGGCAUCCAACGAUUGAAAUUAAAUAUCGGUUGUCAUCUAUGUGGCACUGCCAAUCUACAUAUGUGUGGCUCUGCGACCUUUUACCCUAUCUCUCUCCCGCAAAAAUCCUCAUUUAAAUAGGCUAUCUUCUCUCUCUCUCUCUCUCUCGAUCUCGAUCUCUCGAACAUAAAAAGAGUUACCACCGACCAGCCACUCAGCCAGACAACUUCGAGUGAGACUGUAAGAGAAGGAACGCGUAAAGGAUGACAGCCGGAGUGUUGUUCAGUAGGUCGUUUAUUAGUCUGGCAACCAAGCCCUCCCCUUCAUCAGCUUAUUCGCUUUCUUCGCGUCAGCUUUGUCAUGGCAGUCGAGGAGAUGCCUUUAAGUUCAAAAGCAUUAACAGCAGCAGAAGUAGAUGCUCUCAAGACUUGAUAACAGUAAGAAGAAUCAUGGAUGGAGAAUUUGGGAACUUAGCAACUACGUUACCUUCGUGUUUGGUGUUGUGUAAAGCCCAAAAGGUCACAACUGAUGAAGGUGGGGAUAGUAAUGGCAUUCGAAGACAAGCCCUGCAACUACUCCUUUGGGCUGUUGAGGGUGUCUAUAUCUUGUGGCUUUUUCUCCUUCCUUAUGCCCCGGGGGAUCCAGUAUGGGCAAUCAGUUUGGAUACUGUCAAUUCUCUUGUGGGUCUUUCUCUCAAUUUCUUUUUCAUCUUGCCUUUAAUGAACUAUGUUGGCAUUCAUGCGAUUGAAGCACCAAUUCUUCACCCGGUAAGGACUUUUCCUCAUGGUCCCUUGGGUAUUCCUUUUCUUUUGCUUGGCAGAUUGAUUCUUACUGCUGACUUCUUAUCUCCUUUCUUUUGUCAGACGUCCGAAGGAUUAUUUAAUUUUGUCCUUGGGUGGACCUUCAUGUUUGCACCUUUGCUUUUUAAGGAUUGCAAGCGGGACAGAUACAAGGGAUCUCUUGAAGUAUUAUGGGGCCUCCAGAUGUUCCUUACAAAUACAUUCUUAAUACCUUACAUGGCCAUCCGGCUCAACGAGGUUGAUGCUGAGUAUGCUCCCGGGAAACCUUCCCAAAUGGUUUCCGUGAUGACAAAUGGUGCAACUGUUGUUGGACUUGUUGGUGGUGUUGUUUGUUUGGUCUCUAUAUUAUGGAGCCUCUUUGGCAGGAUGGAUGGUGACUUUGGGAAUGUGACAGAAAGGUGGGACUUCUUGAUAAGCUAUCUGGGAUCAGAGAGGCUUGCUUAUGCCUUCAUAUGGGACAUCUGUCUCUACAUCAUAUUUCAGCCUUGGUUGAUAGGUGACAACCUACAAAAUGUGCAACAAAGUAAGGCUUCGAAAGUGAGUAAACUCAGAUUUAUCCCAGUAGUAGGGUUGGUUGCCUACCUUUUGAGUUUGGACAUUGAUAUAGAGGUUUAGCUAAAUGUAAAUUAUGAUUGGAUCUUGCACUAAAUGAUGAUUAAACUGUCACUGUAACCA